AUGUCUGCAAGUUCUGAAUAUGGGAGAGAUUUGAAAAACAAAUUUAAUCUUUCUGUGCACAAAGAAAUUCAGAAAGAAGAACAACCAUUUUCAUAUUCUGAAAGAGACAACAUGUUUAAUGUGUUAUCAAGUUUUGCUGAACAUCAGAGAAAUCCCACAGGAGAGAAGCCUUACUCAUGUUCAGAAUGUGAGAAAACUUUUACUGCGAAAUCACGACUUCUUAAACAUCUCAGAAUUCACACAAAAGAGAAGCCAUUUUCAUGUUUAGAAUGUGGGAAAAGUUUUAGUCGGAAAUCACGACUUGUAGAUCAUCAGAGAACGCACACAGGAGAAAAGCCAUUUUCAUGUCAGGAAUGUGGAAAGUUGUUUAAGCGUAAACAUCAUCUAGAACCACAUAUGAGAAGUCACACAGGAGAGAAGCCAUUUUCAUGUUCGGAAUGUGGGAAGUGGUUUAAGAGUAAACAUCAUCUUAAGAUACACCUGAGAACUCAUACUGGGGAGAAGCCAUAUUCAUGUUUAGAAUGUGAAAAAUAUUUUGCUGACAAAGGUUGUCUUGUUAAACAUCUCCGAAUUCACAUUGGGGAGAAGCCAUUUUCAUGUUCUGAAUGUGGGAAGUGUUUUAGCAGAAAAUCACGUUUUGAGGAACAUCAGAGAAUUCACACAGGAGAGAAGCGAUUUUCAUGUCCUGAAUGUGGAAAGUGUUUUACUGACAAAUCAAAUCUUGUGAAACAUCUGAGAACUCACACAGGAGAGAAGCCAUUUUCAUGUACUGAAUGUGGAAAGUGUUUUACUGUGAAAUCAACUCUUGUGACACAUCUGAGAACUCACACAGGGGAGAAGCCAUUUUCAUGUACUGAAUGUGGAAAGUGUUUUGCUAAAAAAUCAAGCUUUGUGAGACACCUGAAAAGUCACACAGGAGAAAAGACAUUUUAUAUGGAUGGGUCAAGAGUGGAAGAAAGCAGACCCAAUGUAGAAUGGUGUAGGCAGGUGACCUACCUUACCUGGUUGGCACCAUUCUUGGUCAGCGUGGGUGGCUUCUGUUUCUCUGGAGAUCUAGAUCCCUCUUGUGGCUGGAGUAAGGACCACCUCUCCAGAAGAGAGGCUUGCAAACGCUCUUGUCUAGAAAUUCUACUUCAGAUUUCUACACCACCCUUCUACUGGAGGGGCUUUGGGACUUUUUGUGCCUUAAAAAGAAUUCAGAGUGAUAAACUUUGCAAUAACCCAUCUGGACAUAAUCUGGGUGAGAUGUCUGCAAGUUCUGAAUAUGGGAGAGAUUUGAAAAACAAAUUUAAUCUUUCUGUGCACAAAGAAAUUCAGAAAGAAGAACAACCAUUUUCAUGUUCUGAAAGAGACAACAUGUUUAAUGUGUUAUCAAGUUUUGCUGAACAUCAGAGAAAUCCCACAGGAGAGAAGCCUUACUCAUGUUCAGAAUGUGAGAAAACUUUUACUGCGAAAUCACGACUUCUUAAACAUCUCAGAAUUCACACAAAAGAGAAGCCAUUUUCAUGUUUAGAAUGUGGGAAAAGUUUUAGUCGGAAAUCACAACUUGUAGAUCAUCAGAGAACUCACACAGGAGAAAAGCCAUUUUCAUGUCAGGAAUGUGGAAAGUUGUUUAAGCGUAAACAUCAUCUAGAACCACAUAUGAGAAGUCACACAGGAGAAAAGCCAUUUUCAUGUUCGGAAUGUGGGAAGUGGUUUAAGAGUAAACAUCAUCUUAAGAUACACCUGAGAACUCAUACUGGGGAGAAGCCAUAUUCAUGUUUAGAAUGUGAAAAAUAUUUUGCUGACAAAGGUUGUCUUGUUAAACAUCUCCAAAUUCACAUUGGGGAGAAGCCAUUUUCAUGUUCUGAAUGUGGGAAGUGUUUUAGCAGAAAAUCACGUUUUGAGGAACAUCAGAGAAUUCACACAGGAGAGAAGCGAUUUUCAUGUCCUGAAUGUGGAAAGUGUUUUACUGAGAAAUCAAAUCUUGUGAAACAUCUGAGAACUCACACAGGAGAGAAGCCAUUUUCAUGUACUGAAUGUGGAAAGUGUUUUACUGUGAAAUCAACUCUUGUGACACAUCUGAGAACUCACACAGGGGAGAAGCCAUUUUUGUGUACUGAAUGUGGAAAGUGUUUUGCUAAAAAAUCAAGCUUUGUGAGACACCUGAAAAGUCACACAGGAGAAAAGACAUUUUAA